AUAUACGUUUUUAAUAUGGCGGACGUUUGAUAUUAAAAUAUUUUGGUGAUGUAGAAUGCAACAAAUUAGUGGAUAUAUGUAUGAAGUUACUUCAAAAUAAAUUAUAUUUAGACUACAAGUCGACAAAAUUGCUUCUACAACCUUAAAGAUGUGUGAUGCAUGCUCCGAUUUUCUGCAACUGCUUGUUUCAUACGAGGCUCAGUUUUGUACGGAAACCACUGAACAACCUAUUUUAACCGGUAGAGAUGUGGAUACUGUUUUUGUUUAUGUCCAGACUUGGCCAGCCAGGCAAUGCAUGUGCUGUUACCGGGAUCCUAAAAAUCUCGAGCGUUUCAGCUAUGUUACCCAAGGCCUUAUCUACAUGGCAGCUAGUCAGUUAAAACUUUUAGCCGAUAAAUCAUCGGAAAGCAGUAAACAAGUUGAAUCAGAACCCGAAAACAAAGAUGCGAAAACUGCCAAGUCGCCCGAAGACGAAAAAGAAAACCCGGAAGUUAUAGAGCGUGACAAGCUGCUUAUCUGGCCAAAGAUAUUUUAUUUAAAUUUCCUUUAUCAUAGCUUACUAGAGCUGCACAAAGCAAGCCAAGAUCGAUGAAUUGACUCAGCAGGAAAUGCAAAAUUUGAAUUUGUUUUGUGAUCUCCACGAUUCUGAGAUUCCUAAUUUUAUAGAUGAAGAACGUCAGUGUUCUUAUAACGAUUGAGAGUCCUCUUAGCAAUACUUCUUCUGUUUUACCUACUCCUCUCCGAGUUGUUACCGUAGAAAUCGACUGCAAGCAGCAAGAUAUCAUAUAGCUUGUAAGUUAAUAAGCUUUGAGAUGAACUACAAAGCCAUGUAUCCGAUGUAGUACCUUUGUAAGUAUCGACGUCUGAGAUAUAUGUAUUAAGCUCUCGAAUCAAUUUGAGAACACGCCGACUAUUAAAAGUAUUGCUGAUUUUAUGUGGAACGCCAUCAAAGAUCCAUUGGAUUCACACGUAGCUUUUGAUAUUGACGGCCUAGAUCUUGCCUUCAAGUAUUUUACUUCAACUACUUUAACUAUGCGAUUGGCUGGUAUUACGCAAAUUAACAACCAAAUCGGACUACUGGCCGAAAUAUGCGUUGGAGAUUCGUUACCUGAAGCUGAAGCUGCACCGUAUGAGCGAAAUGGCAGAUUCGUAGAGUUGUUAUACAAUAACAAUAUUAUUAUUCGACAGUAUUUUUUGAGUCCAUACUUCUUCAUGUCUGGAGGUCAUAAAACAAAGCCAUAUAAUUUUAAACUUUUUGGCGCAUGGGAGUGUACGAUGCACUGCGAUCAUAUUGGACGUAUAUUGUGGGCAUGCUGCUGCCAAGCUAAAACCAUAUGUUCAAAACCUGUCCACGGGACUGUUACCGUGUCCGUGUAUAACAUUUAGCAGCCGCCCCUACUUUACAUCUCUAUAGUUUAUUAACGAAGCUCGAACCUAAAGAUCACACGGAACAAACCUUGUAUUUGGCCUCAGCUUUAAUAAAAGCUGUGUGGUCUCGAGGAAGCGGCGCUCCAGAUAUUGGUCUCAUAAAUGUAGCUGCAUCGAAUGCUGGAAUAGCUCUACACAAGUGUACUACUUCUUCUGAAAAUAGUGUAAGCCUGGAUCCUAGCAACUCAGAGGAAGAACACGGCGAGAGCUCGGCACAGUCGGAAAGUAGAAAAAGUGAAAGUGAGGAUAUAGACGCAGUAGAAAUCGAGGAGGAUGAAAAUGGGCACAUUGUCGUGGAUAAUAGUGGACCUCCGCCGUGCAAAUUGGCUCGAAAACAAGUUAUCGAAAGAGCACAUUGUAAUGGAAGCAGUACGGAUUCAGAAUUAGAUGGAUUGUCAUAUCCAGCAAAUACAAAAUGGGCGCCCGGACAAGGCAAAAUUAAAGCAGAAACUCGUGCAACGGUACGUAAGAAAAUAGCAGCCAAGAUCAACAUUUUGCCGAAAGUCGACGAGAAUAUCCCUUCCAGUAGUUCUCAAGAUGAGGCCGAUACUGAAGACUCCCCUUCGAAAUUAAGGAAACGGAGAAAAUUAUUAAGGAAAAGCAGGUCCAAAAGACAAAAGGGCAAUCACAAAAGAAUUCAACGUAUAGCCGCCAUAGAGGCAAUGGAUAGUGACCACGAGAUCAAGAAUCGUUUAAAAAUGAUUAAUCAUAAUUUGCACGUGGCCCAAAUAAAUAACGUAGUUGAUUUGAACGUCAAACAGGCUGUAUACCUGGAGGAAAGUUCUUCCUGUAGCGAACUAGGUAAAGAAGGUCAUGACGGAAACUGUGCUAAUUUUUUAGCUUUACACUCAUCGUCAGGGCAUGUUUUGGAAAUGUUAAGUGGAGAAGAAGCCGAAGUGGAAGGAGACGCCGAAGGUAGCUAUUCUUCUCGUAUGAGCAACAAAUCAGAAAAGAAUAUGGCUGAUUUCGAUGGAGAAGAUUCCGUGUGCGAAGACGAACUUGCCAGAUUGACAGAGCACGCUAGUAUGAACCUCCACGUAUUUAAUCAUCCAGCGGAAAAAGCGACAAUUCGUGCUGAUCUACGAUUAUCGGCUUGUUUUAAAGUUGAUAAUGUUUGUCAGCCUGGUAAUACGUUACUUUGGGAUUUGCUCCAGGACGACAAGAUCUGUCAGCUUGGGGAAGGUUUAGCUUUAGAGGCCGAAAAGACGUUAUGUAAUUUGAUCUGUUUUACUCCCGAUAAAGAAAUUAGGAUGAAGUUUAUCGAAGGUUGUUUGAAUAAUCUCGCAAAUAAUGUGUCCGUUGUUGUUUCUCUGCGUAUGCUUCCGAAGUUGCUGACAUCUUUUCGUGGACUCGACAUGCAUCACGUAACUCACUGGGCCGAUCGGCAGCACCACAUGAUGACGCAUUUUUUUAGCAACUUAAAAGUUUAUACUGCCAAUCCCAGUAAGUCGCUGCCGAUGUAUACUCAUCAGAUGCAAGUACAAGUGAGGCUGCACUUCUUAUCGGCUGUGUUUUCUCCAGUGGUAUCUCCAAAUAAUUUUAAGUUAACUACCGAUCAAGUAGAUAUAUUAUGGGAAUGUCUAGCUCACGACUCAGAAUGUUCAGACGAACUAUUCAGUUGGUUACUAUCUCAGACGAAAACGACGGAGCUGCACGCGCUUAAGAUGGAGGCACUGCGCAGACUAUAUAUUCACCAUCUACCAAGUUUAGCUCCGGAGAAGUUUAGUAUGAUUUGUCUUAGUUUAUUUCAGCAAUUAUGUACUUUAAAUAAUGUAUUAGUUAAUGAUUCUGAGAAUAAAAAGGAAAAUCAAAACGUUGGAAUGGAUCAUAUGUGGAAGAUUGCUUUGAAAGCAAGUAAUACAGAAGUCAGUAUGGCCGCAAUACAAUAUAUAAACAGCUAUUACAUGGGUUCCAAUCUUCAACACGAAAACCAGUUUGUAUGGCAAUGUAUGACACAUCUGAAAGCAGCUUCGGAAGAUUUGACAGCUGGAAAUAAUGGUACAGAGGAAGGUUCUCUGUUAUGCAUACAGAGAGCGUUGUUAUUAAUGAAAAGUCAUAUAGAGACAUUUCGAAGAAGAUAUGCGUUCCAUCUAAGGAAGUGGGCGUUAGAAGGAAAAGGUAUUGGGAGUCAUUCCGCCUCAUUAGGAGAUAGACCCAGUGCCCCUAUUAGAUUAGUUGUUCAAUCUGGAAGUUCUACCGAACGAUGUUUUUUGGAUUUAUUUAACACUGAUUAUAUAGCUGAGUUAAGGGCAGAAAUUGUCAAAUGGUGUGAAGGACUUCAACAAAUGAAGGGGGAUUCCCAAGAAAAUAGAACAAAAUCUGGUGAAACAUGGAUCAGGAUAAUCACUCAAGGUCAAGAAGUUACAAUUGACUGCGAUGAAAAAACUUUAGCAGAAAUGGGAUUUAAGGAUAACCAGAUCGUUUAUAUAUCGAUAGGCAUGUCAAGGAAUAUGAAAAAACGGGAGUUUAUGGAUGCACCAUCUUUACACCCGCCUCCUCCUCGGGAAUGUUUACCAACGUUACUUCUACUACAACCAAAUUACUUCGAGCAGCUAUUUUCUUUAAUGCACACACUUAGUUCGAUGAAAAUUCAAAUUAAAGGAGGGUGCCAAUUACCACAUACGAGAGCCCAAGUUCUCAGCAGGAGAGUAUGGGAUAUUCUUAGCUUAUUACCAACUAGUCCCAAACUUCUUCGUGGUUUCAAAUACUUGGAUAUCCCUCUUCCAGAAUUAUUAGAUCCUUCCAGUGCUCAAAAAUUAAUGUAUUCCUUGUACAUUGUCGAAUCUUUAAGCGCCAAAAUGUACCGAGGGAAAUAUGCCGAUGAAGGGGAUGGAGACGAAGAAUCGUGGACUAGAAAGUUUGUCAAGCAUGGGGGAUUAAGCCACCUGUUCGAUAUUUUUAUGUCUGGUAUUCUUCAAAGAGAAGGAGGAGAUUGUUCGGACUGGCAACAAGACUGUCUCGCAUCUCUCUUAAAAAUCUUGUGCCAUUUAGGAGUCGAAUCUGUACACCAAGAAAAUAUUAAGCCCCGUAAUGAAAAAAUAAUAAUUCCCGAUUUGAAUGCUUGUUUUUUAGCCUUAAUGGACAAAAAGUCUAUGAUGGCGCAGAUUACUAGUAUUUUAGAAGAAGCAUCGAGACCCAACGAUGUGAACCGUUAUAAAACUGGUUUUUGGGGUAGAGCGCAAGUAGUUCAUUACGCUCUGGCUUUGUUGGUGUCGUGGUUGCAUUGCUGCGAGGAAGCUAGAGUUGAUUUGUUUCAGUCUACCAAUUUUUCCGAAUGGUUGCAGAGAUUGGUUUUGGAAGAUCCAGAGCCAGCGGUAAGGCGUGAAGUAUGUUCAGCUAUAUACCGAUUGUGUUUAGGAGUGUCAUCUAAUCGCGAACCCAUUGAAAAUAGUUUAAUAGCUCCUAUGUUAUCCCAAUUAUUAAUGUAUAUGGAAAAAGCAGAGGGUAUGAGACCACAGAAAUUAGAAGCUUUGCAAGCUCCCGAAGAAGGAAAAGAACCUUACGGCCCUGCUUGCCGUGACUACUUCUGGCUGGUAUCCAGACUAGUAGACAGCUUGCCGGACGAGUUGGUAAAAGACAGUCUCGAUGAUCCUCAAAAUUGUGUCGUGGACAUCAAUGGAUUAACGGAGAAAAUAGCAAAGGCCAUUAUAGCUAGAGAUUAUCUCGAAGCAAGGCACCAUACAGUGGACGAUGAUGGAUUAAUAGGAUUGUUGAAUUUGGUUACAAAUUUAUUGAAACACAAGCCUGCCUUUCAGACUAGUAAAAUUGGACAAGAAGUAUUGUGUGAGGUCUUUGAUUUUCUGUUUGCGCUGCCGAGCCCAAAGCUUAGACACGUACCUAAAUGCAAGUCACCGAGAUCAAGAACCGCCGCUUUCGAUUUGUUGGUUGAAUUAGUGAAGGGAUCUCCAGAAAAUUAUGCUUUAUUGCAUGAGAAAUUAUUAAAGCAGCAUCAACCUGGACCGAAUUCUCCCUAUCCGUGGGAUUACUGGCCUCAUGAAGAUGGAAGAUCGGAAUGUGGCUAUGUUGGCUUAACAAACUUAGGAGCUACUUGUUACAUGGCUUCUUGUAUGCAACACCUCUACAUGAUGCCUCAAACUAGAGCAUCUAUCUUGGCUGCUGAUACGGAUCAAGCGAAACACGAACCCACUCUUAAAGAAUUACAAAGAAUGUUUGCUUAUUUAUUGGAGAGUGAAAGAAAGGCUUACAAUCCUAGGAGCUUCUGUAAAGUGUAUUCCAUGGAUCACCAACCGCUUAAUACAGCUGAACAGAAGGAUAUGGCGGAAUUCUUUAUAGAUUUGGUUAGUAAGUUGGAAGAAAUGACUCCCCCUCUAAAGGAAGUGAUAAAAAAAUUAUUCUGCGGUGUUAUAAGCAAUAAUGUCGUCUCUUUGGACUGUGAUCAUGUUAGCAGAACCUUAGAAGAAUUCUACACUGUCAGAUGUCAAGUAGCCGACAUGCGUAAUCUCUACGAAUCUCUGGAUGAAGUUACGGUAAAGGACACUUUAGAAGGAGACAAUAUGUACACUUGUUCUCAAUGCGGGAAGAAAGUUCGAGCUGAAAAACGAGCUUGUUUUAAAAAAUUACCUCAUAUUUUAUGUUUUAAUACGAUGAGGUAUACUUUUAACAUGUUGACGAUGCUCAAAGAAAAAGUUAAUACCCAUUUUUCGUUUCCUUUGAGACUGAACAUGGCGGGGUAUGUAGAGAAGCAACUGAUGCCACAGCAAUAUCAAGAGGAGAAGCAAAAAAAUACUGAGAACGAGAAUGUUGAAGAUGAGCAGUAUGAAUAUGAUCUUAUCGGAGUUACUGUACAUACAGGUACUGCUGAUGGUGGCCAUUACUACAGCUUUAUCAAAGAUAGGACAGCCGGUUCCAGGGACAAAUGGUUUCUCUUUAAUGACGCAGAAGUGAAACCAUUCGAUCCGAAUCAGAUAGCCGCAGAAUGUUUCGGCGGAGAGAUGACCAGUAAAACUUACGAUAGUGUUACCGAUAAAUUUAUGGACUUUAGCUUCGAAAAGACUAAUAGUGCUUAUAUGCUGUUUUAUGAGAGAUGUCCUUUAUCGGAACCAAUGAAUCAAAGAAGUCCGUCAACGACUGGUGAAAGCUGUGAAACUAUUCCCAGUUCUCCUUCGUCUGUCAUGACGAUCGAAUUAAGUAAGGAGCUGGAAGAUUGGAUAUGGCAGGAUAACAUGCAUUUCAUUCAGGAUAAGAAUAUUUUUGAACACACGUAUUUCAACUUUAUGUGGCAAAUUUGCGGAUACAUUCCCCAAACUAUUCUACCCGUCGAACCUAAUAUCACUCAAAAGGCUGCUCAAUUGUCAACGACAUUUUUUAUAGAAACAUUUAUUCACGCAAAAGAAAAACCAACCAUGGUACAAUGGGUCGAACUAGUCACUAAACAGUUUAAUGCUUGCCAAGAAGCCUGCAUUUGGUUCUUGGACCAUAUGGCGCAAGAUACGUGGUGGCCUAUUCAAGUACUUCUUAAGUGUCCCAACCAGAUGGUGAGGCAGAUGUUCCAAAGAUUGUGCAUUCACGUUAUACAAAGACUGAAACAGUCCCAUUCUAAAUUGUACCUUCAAAUGGAGGAUGGAAAGGAGUGGAAGAACGAAGAAAACGGAAACGUGGAUCCUUGUAAAAUUGGAAAUGCGUCGUGCGUGACUAGGUUCAUAAAAACAUUACUGUCUCUGAUGGAACAUGGCGCCAAAGCUCACUUAAAACACCUCACAGAGUACUUCGGAUUUCUCUACGAGUUUAGUAAAAUGGGCGAGGAAGAAUCAAAAUUUUUGCUCGCUGUAGGAGCCAUCAAUUCCAUGGUACAUUUCUAUUUGGGUCAAAAGUCAAACGAUUUCGUAGACGUGAGCGAAGGGGAAGAUGAAGAAGAGGUAGUUUCUUUGCCUACAGACAAGUACAAACCAGCAUCUUUAGAUAAGAUGAUAACUCUCAUAGCUUCUUUGGUGGAGAAAAGUAGAGAUUCAAGUGGGAAACUUCAACUUAGCGAGAAGGACUAUUCUGCGAUAGCAGGAGGCAAAGGUUUCAACUUCUUUUAUCAACAGAUUAAGGAUAACAUUAAUCUGCAGCAAACGAGAAAUCUCAUUCAUUCAAUUUGUAGGGGAAAUAACCAGUUAGCUCAGUUAAUAAUUUGUAUGAUAUCUCAGGCGAUAUCCAGGAAUUCAGAAGGAUGUCAGCCUUUCUUUAAGAUACUCACUCUUCUGACUGAGACUAGCGCACAAAACUCUUCACAACAACCAUGUUUCACGCAGUUGGUACUUCAAAAAGUAUGGGACGCUGCUGAAUGUUGUCCAUAUCUAGCUUUAGACUGGUUAGCCUUGCAAGUAACACGAAACAGACUGGUGCACUCAUGGGUGCUAGGCUCAAUGGAUUCGUGGCUAGAACAUUUUCUGAUUGGUCAUAACAAUCAACGAGUAAGAAAUACUGCAGGUUACCUUUUAGUAGCUUUGGUGCCAAGUACACCUUUUAGGCAAGGUUUUAGAGCCACUCAUAGAUCUAAUAGAGAACCUCAGCUUUCUACGGAAGCUACCGCGGUUCUUCAUCAAAUCUAUACGGCUCUCUUAAGAUUGUUACCUUCUGCUAAACAUUACACUGACAUGCAGCAACAUGGAACUAUGAAAUUAACGACUUAUUUCGCCUUAAUGAUGUAUUGCUGCAUUUCGAGGACUGAAAAAUUAAUGUUCGGACAGUAUUUUAUGCAGUUAUGGCAUUUAUUUCAUCCUAAAUUAUCAGAACCGUCCAUACCUGCCUACCACAAUAAACAAACACUGCUAGCAUUUUGGAACCAUGUUUGUACUGACUGUCCAGAAAAUGUACAAUUAAUGCUUCAAAAUGCCCACGUGACCAAAAACAUUGCAUUUAAUUAUAUCUUAGCUGAUCAUGACGAUCAAGAAAUAGUUAUGUAUAAUAGGGCCAUGUUACCAGCUUACUACGGUAUAUUAAGAAUGAUGUGCCAACAAUCUAGGACGUUUACUAGAAGCUUAGCACAACAUCAAAACUUACAAUGGGCAUUUAAAAACAUCACUCCGCAUCCAACUCAAUAUCCCCAGGCUGUAGAAGAACUAUUUAAAUUAAUGCAACUAAUGGUGAUUAAACAUCCCGAUGCUUCAGAAGGCGAGCAAAGAGAAAUUUAUAGUUUUAGGAAAAAUACGCUAAUGACCUAUCUACAGUGUUUUCAGUGUCUCGAUGGAAGAACGAGUUGGGGUACAUUAAUAUCGGCGUUUAGGAUACUAUUAGAAAGCAACGAUGAUAAGUUGUAUGUCGUUUAUAAUGGUGGUUUGCAAAUUGUUUUUGAGUGUUUUCAAAAUCUUCAUUUAAUGCUUCACGAAGCAACCGCUUGUCAUGUUGUGGGUGAUAUGUUAGACAUUCUCACUAUAAUGCAAGACCUUUUGGUUAGUAUUAGAAUGUACAGAGACAUUAAAGAUGCUAGAGGAAUUUUACUUGCUACAAAAGACUGGCUGGAGGUGUUAAGAAAACUGGCAACUUUAUUGAAUACUUACAAUCCUCCGGAGAUGAGAACGUUGUGUAUAGAAUUACUUAAAGAAUUUGUUGUGAUCAUGGCAUCAGAGACUAUGCAAGUUCUGGUACCGCUACUCUCUCAUUGUCAUUCUGCAUUCCAAGAUAGUCAGGAUGCUGUACCCUUAGGACCGUAUUUUCCUAGAAAAGGUCACUCGUUACCAAUCCUCACAGUAAAAGGAGGAGCGAGACCCUUGAGGCCAAUGGUUCAGAUGACUGUGCCCCAUAAUCAGCUGGAAUGCAGUAGGGGAGUGGAUCCAGAAUAUGAUUUAGCCUUGGACAAAUUUUACAAUCCGUAUCACGAUUUCAUCGAUAUGAUAUUUAGAUUGGCUGUAAAUAACGAAUCUGUUACCGAAGUACUGAUAACUUUAAGCGCUAUUGUUGGUUUCGAAGCUGUACCGUUACAUUCCACGUAUUUUCCUAAAUUGUGGUUGGACAUCUAUAAAUCUCAGAAUAUCGAUAGAAAAUAUAUAAAUAUGUUGGUUACCUGUAACUAUUUUGUGGAUUACGUAGAUGCUGUAUUAUUGGACGAGAGAUCGGCUUUGACUGUUGAUAUUAUUUACGAAUUUUUAACUUUAUUUUUUCCAAAGGUAUCCGCCCAUGUACUCUCCGAACAAACUCUGACAAUGAUAGACAACACGGUAGUAUCUCUUAACGAACAAAUAGGAUCUUUGAACAUUUUAAAAAUGGCCAAACGAUUAGCUGGCGAUAUUAGGGCGUUAAUAUUGGUAUAUAAUAGUCCAGAAGCUGUCCCGCCACCGUUACUGCUCACUACCCUAAAACAAUUUCAGAGUAAAAUUAAAUUGGAAAUGAAUAAACUUGAUAUACCUAAAGAUAAAUGUGAUGAAGCUGCAAGCAAAAGUGACUCAAAAGAAGAAAUAAGCCCCGGUUCAUCAAGGGACGAAAGCUCUUCUGGCGAAUCAGCCAACCUAAACAAAAGUAAAAGUGAUAGUGAUACUGAAACUCAAAGUACUUCUUGUGAUAAAAAUAGUUCAGACGAAAAGAAAAAGGAAAAAUCCUUUGGACCCGUAGAAAACUUAGAAUUAUUAAGUAAAUCGGUAAACGAGCUUAUCGAAAUUGUUAAGAAGGAUGCUUAGUCCGAUCGAAAAAAAAAAAGUAAUACUACAUCGAAGUAACAAUUUUAUUAAAGGUACGACUGGUUCAGAUCGGAGAUAUAUUUGACUGUUUAGUGUUAAUAUUUUGUUAAGUGGAGAAUAUUAACUAAUUUGUUAGAAAAUGCCAAAUCAGGAUUUCUACAUUGUAGACCUACUUGCCUUGGGUAACGAACUUGGCUAUGCUGAAUCAGUUUGUUUAAUAUGAAGACAAUAGUGCUAGUCGAAUAGAAGAGUAUUAUUAUUUUUUAGUAGUAAGGAUUAUUUUACUUUAAAUACAUAAUUAUUUCUU